CAACACGGCCUGGUUUCUUCAUGACAUGAGAGCAAACAGCAAAGCUCGCUCUCCGCUAAAUCUGGGCGAACUGAACUGAAAACCCUAUCUAAAUUUAGUCCAAACCAAACCUCACCCUUCCCUCUCCUCCGGAUCACGAAGAGAGAGAAAAGAAAAAAAAAGAAAAAAACAAGCUUCCAAUGAUCCACUCACAUCGGAGCUACACGCAGAGAGAGCCAUCAUCAUCAUCACCGAUCUGAAACAAAAAAAUCAACAAAAUUUCCGCCAUUGCCGUCGAAUUUUUUCAUGUCUCGAAAACCAAACUAUGAAUUUCAAGAAUGGUGGAACAAACAGCGAGAAAACAACAACAACAGCAGCAGCAGCAACAGCAAUCACCACCACGACCUCUUCUUGCCCGACCACAGCAACGACAGCAGCUUCUUAACGGUCGAGAUCCGCAGCCCCGCCGCCGACCGGACGGUCGAGAAGGACCGAUCGCGCUCCGCCCGCCAAAUCUCCUGGCUCUGCCUGCUCCGGUUCCAGCAAAUCAAAAACUCCUUCGCUUACGUAACCAAUGCCUCCUUGUCGUUGCUCAGAACCGCCCGCCGCCGCGUUUCCGCCGCGAGCUCGGCGUCGCGGCGGUCGGAGUCGAAAAUGUACCGCGCGAUCAAGGCGUUUCUGGUAAUUUUGCUGGUCCUGCUGGCGUUCGAGCUGGUGGCGUACUUCAAAGGCUGGCAUUUUAGUCCGCCGACGGUUAGGUCGGAUUUUGUCGUGGUUGUUUACGCGAAUUGGAUUGAUGUUAGGGCGAGGUACUUGGCGCCGGCGCUGCAGAGCUUGACGAGCGUGUGUGUGUUUUUGUUCUUGGUUCAGUCGGUGGAUCGGGUGGUGUUGGUGCUGGGGUGUGCUUGGAUUAAGCUUCGGAGGUUGAAGCCUGUGGCGGUGAUGGAGUAUCCGGGGGAGGAGGAGGAGAGGGAUGAUGUGAAAUCGGAGGAGUAUCCGAUGGUGUUGGUGCAAAUCCCUAUGUGCAAUGAGAGGGAGGUUUACCACCAAUCGAUUGCAUCAGUGUGUGUUCAGGACUGGCCAAGGGAGAGAAUGCUUGUACAAGUUUUGGAUGAUUCUGAUGACUUGGAUGUUCAAGACCUCAUCAAUGCAGAAGUGCAGAAAUGGCAACAAAGGGGCGUGCGCAUUCUAUAUAGACAUCGUCUUAUCCGGACGGGCUAUAAGGCAGGGAAUCUUAAAUCUGCAAUGAGUUGUGAUUAUGUCAAAGAUUACGAGUUUGUGGCAAUCUUUGAUGCUGAUUUUCAACCAGCACCUGAUUUCUUGAAGAAGACUGUUCCAUAUUUCAAGGGACAUGAUGAUGUAGCAUUGGUCCAAGCAAGGUGGACCUUUGUCAACAAGGAUGAGAAUUUGCUCACAAGAUUACAGUACAUAAAUUUGUCAUUCCACUUUGAGGUUGAACAACAAGUCAAUGGAGUGUUCAUAAACUUUUUUGGUUUUAAUGGAACCGCUGGUGUAUGGAGGAUAAAGGCUCUUGAGGAAUGUGGUGGCUGGUUGGAACGAACUACAGUUGAGGACAUGGAUAUUGCUGUUCGUGCUCACCUUUGUGGAUGGAAGUUUAUAUAUCUGAAUGAUGUUCAGUGCCUUUGUGAAUUGCCAGAGUCCUACGAAGCGUACAAGAAACAGCAAUACCGCUGGCAUUCAGGUCCAAUGCAACUGUUCCGCUUGUGUUUCAUGGACGUUAUCCGUUCAAAGGUGAGUUGGGCCAAGAAAGCAAAUUUGAUAUUUCUAUUCUUCCUCCUCCGGAAGCUUAUCCUGCCUUUCUAUUCAUUCACUCUGUUCUGCAUUAUUCUUCCUCUGAGCAUGUUUCUACCGGAAGCCCAGUUACCCGCAUGGGUAGUUUGUUAUGUCCCUGGAAUCAUGUCCGUCUUAAAUAUCCUUCCUGCACCACGGUCAUUCCCGUUCAUCGUUCCCUUCCUCUUAUUUGAGAACACAAUGUCCGUGACAAAAUUCAAUGCCAUGAUAUCUGGACUAUUUAAAUUCGGAAGCUCUUAUGAGUGGGUAGUUACAAAGAAAUUAGGCAGAUCGUCAGAAGCGGACCUUAUCGCCGUCAUGGAAAACGAGUCUCAACCUCUCGUGGAAAAUCCCAGUCAUAGAAGAUCCUCAUCAGAAUCAGGAAUUGCUGAGCUUACUAAGUUAGAGAUGAAUAGGAAAUCUGGGAAGAAUAGAAGAAAUCUUCUUUACAGAAAGGAACUUGCCCUUGCGUUUAUUUUGUUGAGUGCAGCGGUAAGAAGCUUGUUGUCUGCUCAGGGGAUUCACUUCUACUUCCUAUUGUUUCAAGGGGUCACUUUCCUAGUUGUUGGCCUCGAUUUGAUUGGAGAGCAGGUGAGUUGAAGGUUUUAGGUUAUUUCUUCUUGAUUCACACGAAAUGGAAAAUCACAUUGACCGGUUAUCGGCUUCCAUUUGAAGCGAUUCAUAUAGUUGGGAAAUGUGGAUGAUCAUAUGUGUAAUCUAUUUAUGCACUUUGGGGAAAGAAUGACCAUAUCGUAUCCUGGUGCCAAAUCGCGUGAACUCGGAAUUGAUGUAAAUUAGUCCUAAAAUUGGGUAGGAAUGGGGGGAGGAGGUAGAAGUAUUCUUUGCUGUUAGGGCCUGUUUUUUUUUGUUAAAAUGUAGUGCCACUGUAUUCAUUUAGCUGCCUAGUAUGGAGCAGGCAUUUUUAGGUUUUUGUAAGUUGGGUCAUUCUUUAUUUUUGUUGCCAAACAACAGGUUAUGUGAGGUUACAUGUAUUUUCAUUGAAUUAGUGUUGGAAAUUAUUUUUUUGAAGUGGGAAAUUGUUUUA